GAGACAGCCACACACGCCCAGUCGGCCCGGCCCGGCCGGUGUAUCAGCACACCGGCAGCGCGAUACAGCGUUUGAUACACAACGUUCCAUGAGGCCGGCGCGGGACCCGCAGCGGGAGGCGAACUCGACACCUGCUGCCUGUUCCCGGGGCGGCGGGGUCCUGUCCGGGGGCUGAGGGGAGGGACAGACUGGAGGCGCGAUUCUCCGGGGGGGCAGCGGGACAAGGAACCCCCCCCCCUGCCCGGCGGGGCGUGCAGCUUUCCUGCUCACAGUGACCCGUCUGUGCCCGGCUGCUGGCAGAACCAGCUGAUCCCCGCCCCUCCUAUCAGGCUCAGCCCCGAGCUCGUGGGGGGGAGAGAAGCAAGGCCCUGCCGAGAGCUGCGGAGUAAGAGUGGGGGCUGCAGGGAGUGGCCAUGUCCGACUAUCAGAUCUCAGUGGAGGAGCUGAACGACCUGCUGGCUAACGGGAGCGGCUGCUACAGCCUCCCCAGCGCGCACAGCAACGAGGUGGCCCCCCGCAUCCACGUGGGGAACGCGUUCAUAGCCAAGAAUACCAUGAGGUUGCAGCGCCUGGGCAUAACCCACGUCCUGAAUGCAGCAGAGGGAAAAUCCUUCAUGCAUGUGAACACUAAUGCAGAGUUCUACGAAGGCACAGGCAUCACCUACCAUGGCAUUAAAGCUAAUGACACCCAAGAAUUUAACCUCAGUCGCUAUUUUGAGGAGGCAGCUGACUUUAUUGACAGUGCGCUGUCCCAGAAGGAUGGCCGGGUGUUUGUGCACUGCCGCGAAGGCUACAGCCGCUCCCCGACACUGGUCAUUGCUUAUCUGAUGCUUCGCCAGAACAUGAAUGUCAAGUCCGCAGUGAGCGCUGUCCGGCAGAAGCGGGAGAUUGGGCCCAAUGAUGGCUUCCUGAAGCAGCUCUGCCAACUCAAUGAGAGAUUAGUGAAGGAGGGCAAACUGAAGCCCUAAACAGAGGAGCUGCAUUUUCUCAGAGGGGCUCUCCGGACUGUCAAAGGGUGCACGUUAGGUGCUUUAGAUACCCAAAUUUAAACUGCUAGGCUAGGUCAUGCGGUGUGACGGAGGCAGAGUCCCUUCUUGUCUAGUGAAAGUAUCUUCCCACAUGUCUGGGUCUGUCCUUUAAAACAGCACAAAGCUCCAUCACUCCUAGGAGUUGUUGCACUAAAGGAAGCUCUUUAGAGGGAUAAUUCCAACACCGUAUCAGCUGUCAUCACGUGUUUGUUUCAGAGCCCACUGGAGGUCCCAUGACAUACGUGCUUUGCAUUGACUUUGGAUGUCAUUUAUUUAAGCUUCAUGUUCUUGAAUCCCAUCAGUGCAGCUCAGCCGCAUGGGUGCCCAAGAGCAGAAACGCGCCUCCCUUCACUUGCUUUUAAUUGAAGUACUGUAUUUUUAAAAGUGUAUCUCACACACUCACAGGUGCCUAAAGUCUGAGUGUAGGAGCUUGCAAAGAUAGAGAAGUAUAUAUGCAAAUACACAGAUGCACUCACCCCUAUUAGUGUGUAUAGCUUUGUGUGUGGUAUGGAUAUAUACAAUACAAUAUACAUACAGGGCUUGAGUGUGGCAGUAAAGCCAUCCAGAGUCUGAUAUUAAUACAAGUACCCUUGUAAAUAGAGUUUGUGUAUCUGUUGUUUGUGUUUAUUAUUAAGUAGAAACAAAAAUGCUGUAUUUUUUCAUCUUAAAAUUCAGAGAGAAAAGUAAAAUAUAGAGAGCCAGUAUCAAAGGAAAGAAUCGAAAGUGAGGAGCAGAGAAUGGGAGUGCUUAGGUAUGUUGAUACUUGGUGUGGUAUAAGAACCUGAACAGAAGACACACACCAUGUGAACUGGCUGCUCAUGAGGGAUUUUAGUGAAUUUCAGGUUCUUUUUUCUUUAACCUCACUAUUAUUUAUAUUGACCCUGGAAAGCUUGAACCUGAAAUCUUUCUCCUCACUGAAAUCUUUUCCCUUCAAGAAGCACACACACUGAUUGCUUAUUGUAAGAUGCCCAUUGUGAGGGACAGCACAUUCUGGCUUGAAAUAGGAUUGCACUGUUUGUGUUUAAACAGAAAUGAGACCCUGUUGUCCAUCACAUGGGCAUGGCAAACAUUUACUUCCAAGUGGUUGAUAUCUUUGGCCUCUCUUAGACGCUGCCCCAUUGAGUCACUGCAGUAUCUGGAGUGGGAGCUGCUUCGUUUACAGUUUGUAUGUUGGCUGAGUGUGCAAACAUAACUUUAAAGGCUAGCAAAGUGCUAUACAUGUGCUCAAGGCCUCCCCGGUGCACCCCCAGAGUUGUUGGUAAUGCUGUCAGAACCCUGCAUAUACUUGUUCAGUUUUUCUGUGUGAUUUUAUGUAUUUAAAGGAUAACAUUUUAACAAGAAAAGCUCUUGUAUUAUUGAUGCACACAGUGCCCAGCACUAGGUUGUUCUUUUUGUGUAUUCGAUUUCUUUUUUAACUGUGUGUCAUUUCCUGAUCUAUUUUUAUUUUAAUAUUUCUUACACUUAGUUUGGUUUCAAGAAAGUUGUGGGUUGGGUCACUCGUCCUAUGACUCCAUAUGUGACUUCUUUAGUCAAAAACAGGGCUUGCUUCAGUUUCUUUGCAUAGGAUAGGGAUAGCCAAACAAAUAGUCCAGCUAGCCCCGUACCCCGUCUCUGUCAGCAGCUAGAACCAGAUGCUUCCACAGAAAAAUGGCCUCAAUGGAUAAUUAUGGAAGAAUCAGCACAUGGAAUUCAGUACAUACUUACCCUGUCUACUGAAUCCUGUGCAUUUAGUGAUUGGCAUUUGCCCUGAAGCAGGAGGGUUUACAUCCUUUAUAGAAUUUUAUCAUAUCUAACGCAUUUGGGGAUACUUUUCACUAUCAGUAUAAAUGUCUGAUUUUUAAAAAACCCUGACUUUCAUAUAUUGUGGUAGUGAGUGUCACAGGUUAAUUAUGUUUGUGUAAAAGUCUUUCCUGUUGAUCAGAUUUUUAAAUCUAUUGCCUUUUAAUUUCCUUGGUUGCCCAUUUUUCUGGUAUUAUGAAAGAUGGUGAAAAGGAGCACCUGCCUUAUCUUUUCUUCAUUACUCAUUCUCCAUUUUGCAUAAUACAAUCUUGUUUACAGAUAAAGCUGUUUUUCUACUUCUAUUGAUGGAAUAGAGCUUUUAUCUCUUUACCUACAUCAGUGUAUUGCAAAUAUGAAUCCAAAUAAUAUAGAAAAUAUGUACACACAACACAACACACACACUCUCUCUCUUUGGCUUUAAUUUGGCAUUUAGAAGGUAGGGCUCCAACCCAAUGAGUGAUCUAAAAAGAAAUUAUUAUUAGGCAUUAGAUUUUUUUAUUCCACAGAUGCUCCUAGAUUGAUCUGUUUAGUUAGUGGGAGUGUGAUCAGAAACAUCCAGGAAGGAUCUCAGUGUUUUUUGUUGGAAUAGUAGAGUCCAUCUGCUUUGUGGUGAUGAUAGGAUUUGCACAGCUCUGUAUUGUCUUGAUGAACCACCUAAAAGCAGGUGGAGAGAUUGCUGCUCACUGUUGGCAUAUGACUAAAAUGAACUGGAAAUCAAGAAAGAUAAGAAAAAUAUGGAGAUAUUUUUCAUCUGUUUAUAGGACCUUUUCAGAGUUCAUUUGCAAUGAUGUAACAUCACUAACUUCAGUGGCAUAACAUCUGAUUUACCCCAGUGUCAGUGAGAUCAGAACCAGGUCUUCAGUGUUCAAACUUGGCAGAUCUGGUGUCUAUUGAGGAUGAAUAGCAGAUGCCUGUGGGAAACGAAUUAACCCAAAAGCAAGCUCUGAAACAUUAUAUCCUAUAGUGAAUUACUGAGUAGUUUGAGUCAUACAUGAAACUGAUUCCUUGUUUCCUAUCCAUUCUCUUUGUUCUGCUCAUACUCUUGAAAAGUAUAGUUAGAGUAUAACUUGUGAUGUCACGUGCUCCUCCAGUCUUUCAUCUGUUCUUUCAGUUUAAGUCCUUUAAUGUUGCACAGUAUUCUGCAGAUUGCAGCUGUCUGAGAAGAGCUCUUAGUUCUAAAUUUAAUUCCAUAAUCAUGUUAUGCUUCUCAGUGCAUCUCUUUGACUGUAGGUGCCAGAUCUUAUUGAAAGGAAAAAAAAAAUAGAGAUUUCGUCCAUCAUAAGAUGAAAUUGACAAAGUACCAAAAAAUAAUGUGCAUUUUUACUGAAACUGGAGUGGAGCUGCCCACUGCUGCUGUGGGGGGAGGGAUAGCUCAGUGGUUUGAGCAUUGGCCUGCUAAACCCAGAGUUGUGAGCUCAGUCCUUGAGGGGGCCAUUUAGGGAUCUGGGGCAAAAUCAGUACUUGGUCCUGCUAGUGAAGGCAGGGGGCUGGACUCAAUGACAUUUCAAGGUCCCUUCCAGUUCUAUGAGACAGGUAUAUCUCCAUAUAUUAUUUUAUUAUUACUGGCGUGACCAUUGAGAAAUAUAUUUUUAAGCACAGAAGAAUAGGUAAGUAGGAACCUGGUGCAGUACCAGUGAUUAAACUGUUUUAGCUGUAACCAAGAAUGCCUCUUCUGGAUUUGCUGAUAAAAGUUUUAUCUCUAAAUAACAGCACUUUGCUUUUUGUCAGAGUAGAUCCAGUUAGAGCUUUGGAGAAGAUAUAUUUCUCUUUAGGAUACAAACCUGUCACAGAGCAAAUAAAUCUACCAUGCCAGACCCAAUACAACAAGAAAAAAACCAAUUGCUUUUUGCUUUGCAGGAAUGUUUUGGGUUUGUUUGAUUGUUUACUAAAAAAGCAACUCCAGUAGGUAAUGAGUCCUCUAAAAUAUCAUUGUUGUUUGCAGACACUGUUCUCAUGCUUCAGACUGAACCAAAAAUGUCCCAGCCAUUUCACUACUACAGGGGCAGGGUUUAUAAUUUAGAGAAGAGUAUGAUGUUUGGGACUUUGCUUUAAUAUUCACAAACCUUUUUGUACUUUUUUGUUGUCAUCAUCUUUUGUCCAUGCAACUAAGACACAGUUGUUUACAACAGAACUGCAACAGUUCUGCAUGUCACACUACAGCAACACAUAGUACAGCCAGAAAUUCGUUCAUGAAUGGGUGUCGUUGCAACUGCGUACGGUGAACAAGUGGUUUCCUGUAAAUGGCAAACAUUUUGCAAAACUAGUUCAGAGUUUGAGAGGUAGGAUCUGAAUGCAGAACUAGUAGCCAGUAACUACUGUGUUCCAGUUCCAUUUUGACUCAUUGUAUGACACUGGGCUGGUCACCUUUCUCCUAUAAAAUGGAAACAAUACUUACCUACCUCACAGGGAUGUUGAGGAUUAAUUAAUGGUUAGAAAGUGCUUUGAAGAUUAAAAGCACUAUAUAAAUGCUGAGUAUUAUGCAAUCUUUGACUUGAAAAUCUUCUGUCACAUGUAUGUUUCUUCUGACAAGAAGGAAUCAUUGCAAUAGAGGUGAGAGUGGCAAUGCUUUAUAGUUAUUUAAAUAUUUACAAUGAACUCUCCCUUGUCAGGGCCAGUUAAAAUCCCUGAUGCAGGAGUGAGUACAAACAGCAGGAAUUUUACUUUCUCCAGUUUUAUUAAAAUUAGUUUUACUAGUUUGACUGUGCUCAAAUAAUUUUGUUCAUGCAUCCAUGUCAUGGGCUCUGCCAAUGUGUAAAACUGAAAAUAGAACAGACCUGGGUGGUAACUUCCAUGUGUUUAUUAUUGGAAAUUGGUAACCUCCUGUUCUGUGAUAUCCCAAACCUAAACAUAUAUGGGCAGCUUCCACCCUACAGUGUUUUCUAUGGGAAUUUGGAAUUGAAAGUCUAAAAUGUAACUUUGAAGCUUAGUACAACCCACACACUUUAAAAAGAAAUCCAGAUCUAUACCUAUAGAUCUACGUAUAUGGCACUGAUCUAUACAAACACAACCUGCACUGGCUUUCUGUUAAAAAUCUCAGCUCUCUGUUUCCAUCCACUGGGAUUAGCAAUUUUACAGGUUUGUCAACGAGCCAUUCUUAUCUCCUUUGAUGUACACUUUAAGGCUCCUGUACUACUGGAGUUGGAAAAAAGGGUUACAGCUAAACAGCUUUCUGUACAGGAUACUAGAGAGGAAAAUGUACAGGGCACAAAGUUAUUUACCGAGCAGGUUCUUUUCCUUUAUCUUGGUUGGAAGGUUGGAGCUCCUGGUGUUCAGUAAGAGGAGUUUUAUUCCAUUAGGUGGAGAUCACUCCAAUUAGAAAAAUCAAAUAUACAAUGCUCAUGUUUUGUGAUGUGACAAAAUAAAUUACCAGAGUUAAAUUGUUUGUUCUGUACACUGUGUUGUGGUGUUUUGCAAAAAAAACCCCAAAUAUGUUUUAGCAAUGUGCAAUAAAGUAUGUAUGGUGCAGUUGGCAUGAUGAACGUUAAGGUGUAAUCUGCAUGGAAUUGCAGCAGUUCUCAACGGGAAUGUCACAGAUGGCCAUAAUUACAGCAAAUAAGAGGAGCUUCCUCACACCUGAAGAGAGAUUCUCAAUAGAAUAUGGCUUCUAUGGCCAUUAAGAGAACACUCAAACACUUUGCACAGUUACCUGGGUUCUGUGUACACACAAUCUGGGUUCAGUCCCCACAAGUUACCUGCUGCUUAUGGGCACAUUCUGUACAAAUGCAGAAGGGCAGAAAAGGGAAGGAUUUGUCCUAAACACAAAAUGAAAUUUUUUUAAAAA